AUGGAGAAGAAGAAGCGGAAAAGGAGAGAAGAAGAGCGCGCUCUCGUAAAUAAUACCACCGAUGAUACCAUUAUUACUACUACUACUACGAAUAAUACUCGUUGUUGUUGUCUCGAGUGGCGCUCUUCUCGUCUGGAGAAAGAAGAAUCAUCAUCUCAACGUGAAUGCGAGAAGAACCGGGAAACCGUCGAACGGUAUUCGCGUCAGAUGCGAUUGCCGUUCUUCCAACACGACGAACGCUCGAAAGGAGGGCAAUCUCGUCUCUUCAAAGCGCACGUGUUCAUUGCAGGCGCUGGAGGGUUAGGGUGCCCAUCUGUUUUGUAUUUAGCCGGCGCUGGGGUCGGGAAAAUAACCGUCUGCGACGCAGAUGCAGUGGAAAAGAGCAACUUGCACAGACAGAUAUGCCACAGAAACGAAGACUGUUGUUCUGAGAAUAAAACGAAAACGAACAAAGCGGUAUCGGCGAUUCGAGCCGCGAAAAGUUUGAACCCGACGUGUUCAUAUCGAGCGGUCGAAGAAAGUGUGAACGAACAGAACGCGAUGGAGUUGUUGAGAGAUGCGGACGUUGUUUUGGAUUGUACGGAUAAUCAGAGAGCGAGGUACGUGUUGUCGGACGCGUGCGCAAAGUUGAGGACGCCGCUGGUGAGCGGAGCGAGCGUUGGGGUGGAAGGGCAGUUGGUGGUGUAUAACGAGAGCGGGGAAGAAGAAGCAGGUGACGGGAGCGGCGAUAUGGAGAGAGGACCGUGUUUGAGGUGCGCGUAUCCUUCGCCACCUCCGGCGGACGAGUGCGGGUCGUGCGCCGAGCAAGGCGUGUUGAACGUGGCGCCGGGGAUUGUCGGGACGUUUCAAGCGUUGGAGUGCAUUCGAAUAUUGUUGUCCGGUCGGUGCCGAUAUCGCGGGAAAGAAGGAGAAAAGAAAGAGAAAGCAGCGUCGAAGUCGUCGUUGGCGUCGUCUUCGACGUUCCCUCACCGGCCGCUCGGGUUGAUGACGCUUUUUGACUUUGUGCAAAAUCCUUCGCGACCGACGACGUGCGUGAAAAUCAAGAGGAGAAAAGAUUGUUUGGUGUGCGCCACGAGCGAAACGAGAGAUGCGUUUGCGAUUGAAUCUUACGAUUACGACGCAUUCUUGAAUAGCGGCAUUGCUGCUCAGCGGUGUAAAAAUAACGGAACAGAUAACGAAAUAGAAGAAAGCAUUGGCGAGGACGGGACGCAAAGGAGAAUAACGUGCGAAGAACUCGCGCAGUUGCUCGUCGAAAAUAGCGACAAAAAGAAGAACAAUAGCAAUACCAGCGUCGCUUCGCACGAAGAAAAACACCACGAGAAGACGAAAAGCGUUGUGCUCUUUGACGUGCGAAACGAGAUCGAGUUCUCGAUAGCGGCUUUGAAAGAUGCCAUCAACUACCCGUUCGUAGACGAAGAGAACGAAAAGAAGAACGCGAUGGAGACGAUGACAACAACGAACGUUGUUGUCGCCACUGCUGUCGACGAGGACGGAGGCGAAGAAGACGAGAAAGCAGUAACUGAAGUAGAAGUAGACGUGAUCGCGUUCAUCUGUCGGAGAGGCAACGACAGUCAACUGGCGAGGGAAAGAUUUAAACAAAAACUCUUAGACCGCGACGAGAGUGCCGAGAACAAAAGACGAACGCUGACGAUAGAAGAUGGAAGCGACACCACUCAAACGAAAAAGAAGUUUUGCUUUGAUGCGGAGAAAUGCCAAAUCGUCGACGUGAUUGGUGGAUUGCGACAGUGGAAACGCGCGAUAGACUCGACGUUCCCAAACUUAGAUUGA